AUGCCAGUAAAGAGACAAAAUCACGGUCGUAGCAAAAUGAAUCGUGGCUCAGUCAGCACAGUCCAAUGCAUCCAAUGCGGCCGCGUCUCGCCCAAGGACAAGUCUGUUUCGCGCAGCAGCAACAGCCCCGUGGUCGAGGCUGCCUCGAUGGACGAUCUCCGCCUUGCGACAGUCUACGCCGAGCCAGACGUGCCAACCUUCUUCAACAUCGACACGUAUUGCAUNAUCCAAUGCGGCCGCGUCUCGCCCAAGGACAAGUCUGUUUCGCGCAGCAGCAACAGCCCCGUGGUCGAGGCUGCCUCGAUGGACGAUCUCCGCCUUGCGACAGUCUACGCCGAGCCAGACGUGCCAACCUUCUUCAACAUCGACACGUAUUGCAUCUCAUGCGCAUGCCACCUGAGAGUAGUGAAAGUACGCGCUGAAUGCCACAGGAAAGAGAGAUUUGUGCCACGAAAUGUAGCAAGAAGAAGGGCAUAG